AUGAACAUCAGCCUUCGAUCCAGUCAGUCCUCCUACGGAGACCCUCGCUAUCUAUCUACCGCUACCGUCUCCGAUGUCCACGGCCCGCCUGCCAAAUCCCUAGUCGAUGGCUAUCGCGAUGCCCUUCACCCCGAGGAGGACCGCCCGCGGUACAAUCCGCUCAACCCAGCUCACCCGCGCAGCUCGGCUCUCCUAAAUCCCAAAGAUCCAGUCAUGAUGUACCUUCUGACCGAAACCGCCAUCGGCGAUAGCACCAACUACGAGGUCCUCUCCUUCGACGAGGUGGAGCAACUAAAGAAAGAGCGCUCUCUCCUAUCAAACCGUAUCGAAAGCACCAAGCGGAAACUCGCCAUGGAAACCAAGAUUCGCGACGCAGCCCAAUCUCUCGGUCGACUCUACAGCCCCCGAGCCCCCGGAGUAGCGGCGAGUACGGCGCCAACGUCGCAUCGGCGAAGCCGGAGUAUAUUCGGGCGGAGUGGUGCUGCAGAAGCCCUGGAUAAGAGCGACUCGGAACUCGCAAUGAGCCAGCGGAGAUGCGAAGAGCUGGCGCAAGAGCUGUGGAAGUUGGAACAAAAGUCCAAUCUGAUCUCUCAGCGCUUGCUCGAGCAUACCGCGGGUGUCUUGCAGAUGACCCACAAGGGUCUGAAGAAGACCCCAAAAAAUGUGGACGGUUCGGACGGGUUUGACGAUGGGUACGACUUUGACGAUCGCAGCCUGUACCGGACAACGGAGCAUCUGGACACUUAUGGGAUGAAUGGGAGGAUAGAGAAUGUCUCUACCGGUCCGACGGUGGAUCCUGAAUCUCAGAAGAGGUUGGAGGAGCUGAGCGAGCGCCUCUGCAAUAUGAUGAUUCAGGCCAACCCGAAUGAAUUCGUCGAACCACCACCUCACCCGGGUUCAUCCAAUAUGGAAGCACACAUCGCAUACCUGGAGCAUGGCCUGCAAUCGCUCCACUCCGUUGGCUCCGCUAGAGCCUUGCCAGUCGAUUCCGAUGUUGCCCCCGAGACCGAAGGCGCAUGGAAGCUGCAACUCACGGAGAUCAACAACCGAGUUCAAAGCAUUGUCGACCGUUUCGGCUUGACCCGUUCACCGACUCUACCUCCGCCUCCUGCUGCGUCGGAUGGUGAAGGUCUGCAGGAGCAGCUGUCGUAUCUCCAGGCUGGCGUGGAUGGUCUCGCCAGUCGAGUCGAUGGAUUGUUGGAGCAGAAGAGCAUCCUCACCACUCAAAUCCAGCAGCAGCGUGAGCUCAACAGCAAGUCUGAUGCGGAGCGAGAUGCUCAUAUCGCCGACUUGACCGAACAGCUGGCCCAGGUGCGUCGAGACUACGAGGCUUCCGAGGAUCAGAGCCAGGGUCAUCGGGACGAGAUAGUUGUGAUCAAGCAGCAGCUGGAGGCUCUGCGUCACGACGGCUCCCCUGCUGAUGAGAUUAAGGCUUCCCUGGCGCAGGCUGAGGGCGAGAUCGCGCGCUUGCAGGGUGUCGUGGACUCGCUGCAUGCCGAGGCUGAUUUGCGUGCCGAAGAGGUCAGAGAGGCACACGACCGCACGGAAGAAGUCAGGGAAGCCAACGAGCGCGCCGGGCAAGAAGUCGCCCAGCUCGAUGCCGAAAUUCAACAGAUCCGCAGCGAGUCCGAUGCUCGCUUGAGAGAGGUGCUUGAUCAGCGCGAUCAAGCUGAUGCUCAGCUGAAGGAGAUCCUUGACCAGCGCGACCACGCUGAUUCUCAACUGAAGGAGAUCGUCGAGCAACGUGACCAGGCCGACGCUCGCGUGAAGGAGGCGUUUGAUCAGCGCGAUCAAGCCGAAGAGAACGCUACUCGCCUGCAGAAGGAGAUGACGGAGCUCGAAGGCGAGGUCGUGCGCAUCACCACUGAACUCACCAUGGUCAAGGCUGAGCUCGACGGCGCAUACGGUACCCGUGCCCAGCGUGCCGCCGAGGUGGCCGCCAACCCCGAGAUCCAGAAGGAGAUCGAUAGCCUCCAUACGCGCAACAUCGAAUUGACCGAGGAGCUUGCCAUGCUUAAGGGCCAGCAAGGCGGUGGCGACCUUCAACAACGGGCUGAUACCCUUGAGAAGGAGCUCCGGGAGACUCUUGAUGAUUAUGAGGCCAUGACCAAGGCCAGUAUCGAGUUUGAGAAGGAACGCGAACAAUUCGAGAGUCUUAUUGAUUCGAUGCGGGAUCGCUGUGAGCAGCUGGAGCAACAGCUUAGCGAGGAGCGUAUCAACUGGAUGAAUCUGAACAGCCCGGGCUCCGUGGGCCGUGAUGGAUCGUCCGAGACUACAUCGACGAUGGUACUGAAGAAUGAGUUCAAGAAGAUGAUGCGUGACACGCGCAACGAAAACAUGAAGAUCCUUAAGAGGGAACAAGAAGAGCGGCGCAGAAUCGAGGGUCUCCUCCGAGCCCUCAGAAAAGAGCACGCUCAAGUGACCGGCAAACCCAUGGCCAGCCCCGUUGGCACUCCAUUAUGA